AUGAUACUCGUUUUUGUUGUUAUAUUUGCUUUGAUCGUCAACAUUGAAACAGAUAAAAAUUUGAAUGAAGAUUACAUCGAUAACGGCGGCGAAGUGAUUUCUUCUGAAAAUAUUAAUUUUAAAAUGACUAAAAGUGGUACUAAUACCAUCAGUGACAGUAGAAGUUCAUCUGCCUCUACUAUGAGCAACAGCUUCUUCGACGACAGCAGUAGCUCUUGUGACGACAGUGACUGUAGCAGCUAUUCUGAUUAA